AAGCGAAAUUGGCGACAAACGCAAUAGUUUUUCUACGCCAAGCAUAGAUGCCAAGUUUGCCAAUCUAUUGCAUGAUGAUCGUCAGUCUCUUAUAUCACUUUACACCAAAAGAGACGAACGCAAUGGAAAUUCGUUCCACUCGAAUGAGGAGGGACUUCUCUCUUUUUACCGCCUGCUGAGGAAUUAUCAACCGUACAAUCAAGACUGAACAAGAUAGGAUUGUGAUAAAUCACAGCAUUUUGAUCCUUACAGGUGUGGCGGAAUAUUUUUCAUUUCCAAACUAUGUGAAAAUUUUUUCUUCCGAUGUUUGGCGAUUUUCCUCAGCUGUGUUACCAGCAUUCCAUGGCACCCGGUGUGCCACAAUCGUCGAAUGAUUUCGCUACAAAAACUGACAGUGUCGUGCUUGUAGCGAAUAUACACGAACAACAACUUCGAAACUUUUCAUCUGAAUAUAAUAAUGAAAGAAAGAAAUCAAUGGAAUUAAUUGGCAUUCUACUUGUGGAUGAUCGGGCCGUAGGUAAAGUAAAUGUCAGUGCGGAUAGCCGUAAUGUUGUUCUAGGCACUGUAUGUACUGAAAAUACCCAACUUAAUUUAGAAGAAUUACGUCGUUUGAUGUGUACGGAACUUCCUUGUUUACCUGCCUCGUUUAAUUUUUUAACUAGAGAUGGGUGGCCUAUUCAUAAACUGCAGGAGUAUAAAAUUAAUUCUAGUCAUGUUAUUAGAGAUGAUAAUUGUAUUUGCAUCAAGACAGAAUAUGAAAAGUCUAGAAUCGGUGUCGUAACAUCCAAAGGAGAUUCCAUGGGGUUCGUUUUUGCAGAUCUCAAUGUAAAUAUCAAGCAGUUACGAGAAAUAAUUGAACAGCAACUUAAACUUAGUCAACAGAUGAGGUUGGAGUACAGGUUUGUGGAGAAAAACGGUUGGCCUGUCAUGUCCAAGCAGGAACCAACCCUUUCCCUGUUGGACAUAAUGUUAGGCCAAAUUGUAUGCAUUCAAAGUUGUUGUUCUAAGCCAGCAGUUUCAAUAGAAAGGCCAACUUCUCUAGUCUAUAAUACAAAUACUUCCAUUGAAAGUCAGCUUCCUAGUCCUCAAGAAAGCACUACUGGGGAGCAAGAAUUGGUGAAACGAAAGAAGUCAAUUAAAUUUAAACCUGAAAGCCAAUUUUCAAUCAAAUUAAGAAGCAGUGAUAAAAGACCAAGAAUAGGAAAAAACUCUUUAGUCAGACCCAUUCUGAUCAGCUAUGUAAGAGCAGAAGCUGCCCAGUAUGCCCUAGACUUGAAACAAGAACUGGUCACUUUGGGAUUCAGUGUAUACCUGGAUGUUCAUGAAAUUAAAACUGGUUCUGAUUGGCAAGAUGCUUUGAAUCAUGCUGUCACACAUUGUUUUCUUUUUGUUCCACUCAUCACACCAAUGUAUGGAAAAACUCAAUGGACUAACAGAGAGGUUAAAUUAGCUGAUGUACUGGGAAAAAUGAUAAUACCAGUGAAUUUUAUGGAUCAGUGGCCCCCUCCUUGUUUAGCUAUUCAAUUUGCCUCUACGCAGUACAUACCUUGGAAAUUGCAAGAGAGUGAACACACUAGAGUUGAACCUGAAAAAGCUACUGAUCAUCGUCAUUGGGAUCGUGCAUGCGUCAAGAGAGUAUCUCGUCAGAUUGCUGAUUGCUUUAAGGACUAUUAUUUUAAAUUGCCCAAAAGAACUCCAUCCAGCAAAGAAAUUACUCGUGAAGUAAGCAGACCCUUGCUGUCUCAGAGAGGUGAAGAUUAUUAUUCACUAUCAAAAGAUGAUUAUUAUGUUGAUGGGAAACAAAGUAUUGUGAUCAGUGCGCAUCCCAGGCAAAGGUACUUGGCACAGGAUCUAAAAGACAUGUUUGAAAAAAUUGGUCAUGAAGUCUGGUGCUCUGUUGAUCUUUUGGAUCAAGGAAAUUUAGGAUCUGAAGAGAUCGCCGCUGCUGAUCCUAACACACCCCAUCUUCCGACUAUACAAGAGGGAGAUGUGUUUUUCAAUCAGACGGAUGUAGAACUUUUUAAUUCUGGUGGUGAUAAAAACUAUUCAGGAGUUACUUAUGGACGAAGACCAUUAUCUCGCCUAAUGUCUCAAUUAAGUGACAUCAGUCAACCCUCAACUCUUAGUCGAGAGAAACUUGACCAACUGCACACCUUUCAGCUGAAAGUUGACCAAGCAGCUGUGAUCAUAGUAUUAGUUUCUGCUGCCUAUACAAAGUCAGCAUUUUCACACCAACAGGUAUUUUACUGUGAGCAUAGGAAGCGAGUCGUCCUUGUGAACUGUGAUUCUGCCACAAUACCAAAAUGGUUUAGGCUAUUGAUGGGAAAUGAUAUGAUUAUGAAAAAGGACAAUCCUGAAUUUGAAAGUAUUCUGAAGACACGUGUUAAGAGGGCCUUAAAUCCAUCUUCUUCAGAGACACCCAAAGAUGCUACAGCUGAAGCAAAGAUGAAUUAUUUAGUAAAUUUUCUAAAAAGAAACCUACCUCUCCAAGACUUGUGUGUUUAUGUUGCUGGUAGCAGUAAACUACAAUCUGAAAGAGCUGAAGAAAUAUGCAAAGCGAUUGGAAGAGAGUUGGCCAAAGUGGAGAGAGUGUCUCUGGUGACAGGAGGUUUUUUUGGUGCAGCUGAUAUCAUUGCAAAGACAUUCUAUGAAUGCAGAGAGAAUAACCAGCAACAGAAUGAAGAGUCUGUCGUUCAUAUACUUCCUAUGAGAGAUUCAGAGGAUUUCACAGCCAAAGCUAGACAAAACCUUGCUGAUGGUAGCUUUGAGGCUCUUCCAUAUGGAAAAACUGUAUUUCUAGGUGAUUCUGUCAAAGAGAGAGAAACUGUUGUUGCAAGACUGUUGGACACAUGCUUGGUUAUUGAAGGUGGACCUGGUGUGGUGCACGAGGUAGAAGAGUUUAUUUGGAAUGAUCAUUUUGUGAUUCCAAUCAUGUCUACAGGAGGGGCUGCCAGUGGAUGCUAUGGAGUGCCUGUCAAAAUAUUUGAACUACCUCCCGGCGUCGACGAAUCCGACUGGUCGAUUCUCUCGGAAAGAAACGCAUCCCCCGAAGCCGUCGCUAAAUCCGUCGUGAAUAUAAUGGUGAGUUUGAAGAAGUCCCUCUCCUCCCCUACGAGCACCCUCCAGAAAUCGACCCUGAUCCUGAAACGUAAAUCUAAAAGGAAGCUGAGGUCGAGAAGACAAAGAGUAGAUGAAGGAAUGACCUCAACUCCUGUUGAACUGGGGAAUGUUUAUGAACUGAGGAAAGCAUUUGAGAUGUCUCAAUGCAGCAGUGAAGAUCACCUCUCCAUAACCAAAACAAAAUCCAGCUGGUGGAGAAGGUUUUUGAAGGUUUUCAAACAUAAAGAGCAAUGACUGUUUUUUUUUUCUGACUGUCAUUAUGGUUUUAUAGUGAUAUUACUCAAAUCUUUAAAUGAAAUAUACAGAGUUCUCCCUAAGAAUAAAAAAGGGCAGUGUAAAAAAUGUGUAUAUAGUGUAAAUUAUGUAAUAACUGACAUUUAUUGUCAACAAUUUUUAAAUUACCAUGUUAUACUAUUUUAUGCGUGUAUUUCAAAAAGUAAUUCUUUCUCAUUAUCAAAAUAAGAAAAAAAUUUGUAGUUAAUAAAAAUAGGUCUGCAUAUUUUUUCUUCUUCAAAAAGUUAACUAUCGAAAAAUGAUUCAUUGAUAAAUAACUUGCUUAUUUCUAUAAUUAGAACUGAAAAUUAUAAGAAAAUAAACAUUUAAAUGUGCAAUUUAAAAAAAAAAGAUACCUGCUUUAAAAGUAGUUUUAAAAUGUACCAAUAUCCUUCUACUUCUAGUUUGAAAAGAUACUUCUAGUUUGCGAAUAAUCCUAACAAAGUAAAUAUUUGUAAUAGUAUUUAGAAUGAAGCCAUAAUUUUAUCAGUGUGUAAUUAUUGUUUUUACAGGAAAUUAUUUUUAAAAUGGAAUAUGAAUUAAAUAGAAAUGUUUUUAAAGGAUAGCAGCUUAUUAUUACAAAGAGGGUGCAUUUAUUGGGAUCAAAGGGCUGUUUAAAA